CUCUGUCUGUCCGUGACGGUCAAGCAGCGAAGACACAUCGCAAAGCCAAGCAACCCAAGGACGCCUCCAUAUCGAGAUGCAUCGAAACGACGCGGCCGACCUGAACGAUGCCGAGGCUGCAGAGGCGCUCACUGCUUUCGUCGAACUCAUCGGCUUUGCGGACGACAAGCGCCAGCCCCCUGUGGUCACGCAGCACGAAGGCCAGGUCGCGCUCAGCCUCGUAGCGACCGCCGGGCGACCUUGGCUCGAUGCGUUUCCGACUAAGACUGUCGCCGCGGCGUGCGACGAGUUCCUUGCACGCGCUUGUUCGUUCAUCGCGCGCUGCCCAAAAGGACGCGAGCCGUCUCCGACCGAUCCCGAGGCCUACGUGCCCUCCAUGAUAACGCGCGCCAAGUUUCCCGCCUGCGAUCACUGGCACUCCCUCGAGCCCAUCGUCGACUUGUGUCGCUUCGUGGACGAGGAAGCAGCGGCCGUUGGCUCCGACCGCAUGGCGGCCUUGGAGCUCCGGAUGCAGUUGCUUGAAGAGAAAGCGGCGACCACAGCGCGCGAGACGGAAGCCCGCAUCCAGGCAAUCAGGAGCGCAUGUCGGGACAAUCAUAGCUCCUUUUUCAGCCCAAUUGAGCUCGAGCCUGUCCCUUACUUUUACGAAGGUGGGUCGAUCGACCCUCUCGAGCACAUGCAAGCCGUCAAGGGCCGCGCAAGCACGUACAACACAGCGGCAAGAACACGCAUCGUCGUCUUCUGUGCGUCGCUCAAGCCCAACGAGCAGAGGUGGCUGCACCAAGUGAUCGACGACCACAAAUGGAUCCCGACGGAAUUCACCGACGAGAAUUUUGCCGCGCUCGAGCCUCUCUUCUACAAGCGCUUUGGCUACUACCGGUACAGAUAGUACGGGGCGAGACUGUCCAGUAGCUCCAUGUCCAACAGUCCUCCUAGUCCCCCAACGUAAAGGCCCUUGAGAAAAUGCAGCUAGAUAGACCAUGGAGACUGCUUGGUUUUUAC